AUGGUACUAACCGCUGACAGACACGUGAAAUGUAUUUACAAGGAUUCCGAUCGGAACAUACAGUUAAGGGACGGCAGUCUAGCGCUAACUAUCCGUCGAGAUAGCGAUUCGUACCGUCAGGGCAAUGACACUCAAUGGUAUACGUCGGCCAAAGUAGUGGCCAGUACUCCACGGAAUGGCAUUGCGUUCGUAGAAAUAAGGGCCGCAUUACCCCGGGGCAAAAUGCUAUCACCGGAAAUCAAAAUAUAUAGAUUCCAAUCUUUCACUGCGUAUCUGAUAAGCAAAAAUGAUGGGAAACGCCGUUUCCAAGAUGAUAGAACCGUCUAUACGUAUCCACCGAAAAGGAAUAGUUCGCUUGAUAUGAAGUACAAAACGUACCCAGAUACCGACGCGUUAAUCUCAAAAAGUGACUUGACCAAUUUUCACACGUACGCUCUCGAGUUGAAUAGACACGAAAUCCAUUGGCUGUUUGACGGACGCAAACAAAUGUCUUUAACUGGAGUAUAUACGCAUGAUUUCCAAAGUGACCCUGUUCAUAUUUCUAUGGCGUUAAAUAUCGGCGGAAAUGAAUACGCGAACCAAUCACUCGACGAUUCCGAUCACAUGGGGUGGCAGUGCUCGGCGUUUAUCGUCGAUUAUAUCCGGGUGUAUAAGUGGUCCGAUAUGGACAUUGCCCCUAAUACUACGGAUUUAAAUCCUGUACAAAGCGCCACCAUUUGUCACGAUAUUAUGCAAGAAAUUAAGGAUGAACAAUUACCUAGAGGA